UCCAGAUCCGCGGAUCCCGAGGCUGAUUCUUUCUCCGCCCCCUCCACUAUCACCUUGUGUUCUUCCGUCCCACCCUCUCCCGCAGCGCGGUGGGUGCUUGAGUGAGAUCGGAGCUCGCCGCUGACAGAUGCGUCACUUUGAUCCCACGGCCAUGGGCGGGAAGCUGGUGACCACACGAGGGAGGCCGAGGUACACACAGCAAUCAUGUUUGAAAAGGAUCAUUCUAUUUUCUACUGAAAAAGAGCUUCUAGACUUUCAGACCUAAGCGGAGUGGAUUUUAUGAUGGAUACCGCCCAAGCAGGUUGCACAGGUCCAAGAGCUUUUAAAGACUUACCUUGCCAGUCAAGGAUUUCCAAUGUGGGCAGAGGAAUAUUAAGCCAGGAUAUACGAAAAGCAUACCCGCUGCGGAGACGGCUGUCACCAGCCAUGAAUGAAAAGACAUGUACUGUUGUUCUCACCAGACUGGAGGAUGUGGCUGGGUCAUGUAUUAUGGAGGGUCAAAGUGGGGCCCAACCAAAUAUCUCUUGUUGGGUGGAUGACUUUGGCACGCUGAAGGUCCAUACUGGGCAUUCUUCCAAAACACAAAGGGUCACUUCAAAAGGGAAGAGGUACUCUAGGGUCACGUCUGAUAAUAUUCAUGAUUUUCCUGAGCCCCGGAAACGAAGAUUAGCUUCUCUAAAUGCAGAAGCUGUGAAUAACGUGCUAUUUGAAAGAGAUGACGGGUGUUCUCGAAAGAUUAGGAAGGAUUUUGGGAAAGCUAGUGAAAAUGGCAUAUCAGAUGAAGACUGGACUAGCUCAAAAAACCCAAACUGUCUUCUGCACAGCAAAAGGAGCAGGCAAAGGUACAUGGCAUCCAGCCAGUCGCCCGAUAAAGUAUUUGAAAGCAAUGUGAAGGUGGAGGAUAAAGUAGUGUCCUAUUCUCCAACUCCAAAAAGACUAGCAAGCCUCAAUGCUGUAGCAUUCUUAAAGCUCACAAAUGAAAGAGGCCAUCCUCUAAAGCAGAGGAGCAAAUCACACGAUGAUACUAGUAGACCUAUCACUGGCUGUUCAAAGUCCAAGCUAAAACCCAUUAAAUCACACAAGAAAAACUGUGUCCAGUCCAAAAAGGAACUGUUACAUAGGAAAGUUGAGGACCACCAUGGAUGGCAAGAAGGAGGUGACAGUGGGUUUUUGAAACCAGAGCAUCGCAACUCUUCCAAGUCCUCUGGGAAAACGGAGGGCGUUCACGUGGAACGGUCUUCAAACAACUAUGAUGGCUCAGAAUCCUUGUACCACAGACUGCCUUUAAUGGGGGGGCAAGCUUCUAUGAAACCAGAAUAUGGGAGACCUGGUGAGAAGUCUCCCACCCCUAAACAGGACUUCCAGCAGCCCUCUUUCCCAAUUCAGCAGCUUCAUCAUUUGCCAGUUCCAGGCAGUCUAACUGAUUGUGUAUGUCUGUGUCACCCCUCUGAUGUAACGUCCUUAGAUGGGACGUAUAUAUCUUAUGGCCAAAGUGGAUUACCGUACAGUGGGUAUUGUGAAUUUUCCGUGUACCCAAAAGAUGAAUUGUUUUCACAGCCAGUGCCCUGUGAGGAACUCUUAGUAUCCCAAAGCUCCUUCCCACCCAGUGGAAUGAUUGGGCAUCUGCCAUGGUGUAACUCCCGAUAUUCCUUUGGUGAAGACACUGGGACAAAUACUGAUAGCCUUUGUGGAUUGAGAAGACUCCCCAUUUCCCGGGUCACUAACACUCACGUGGAACAUAAAAGCUAUUCCUUUAAAAAGCCUAUUACUGCAGAAGUCUACAAAUCUCGUGACCAGCUCAGCCUAUCGAUCCCCACAGCUGGCCGUCCUGUGUCUCCGGCCCACCCGCUUUCUGGAUGUCCCGCCCCCAGUGUCCCACCUGCUGCCGAGCCUGUCCCUUACAUGCAGACCCCCAACUCAGAACCUCAGACAAUGGCAAUGCUGAAGACUACUAGAGAAUGCCCACAAAGCUCCAAACCACCCAGUGGUUCCAAGUCCGGCGUCAGAAAUACAACUGGCUGCUUUCAUUCUUCCAGCAACAAAACCAGCAAGAGCCACAGCCAUCCCAAACAGCAAAGGAUCCACAGCAGGCGCUCUACCAAUGGCUGGAUGCCCGUAGGUGCGGCUUGUGAGAAAGAAGUUUUUGUUGUGAACGAGCCAGAGCCAGCUCUCAGAAGGAGUUACCAGGCAGUUGAGAGGAAUGGCGAAAUCAUUCGAAUUCGGGACACUGUACUGCUGAAAUCCGGGCCCAGAAAGAAAUCCAUGCCCUAUGUAGCCAAGAUAUCCGCGCUUUGGGAAGAGCCUAAAACUGGUGAGCUGAUGAUGAGUCUCUUCUGGUACUACAGACCGGAGCACACUCAGGGAGGGCGCAAUCCCAGCAUGCACGAGAGGGAGAUAUUUGCCUCACGCCAUCAAGAUGAGAACAGCAUUGCCUGCAUUGAGGAGAAGUGCUACGUCCUAACAUUUGCAGAGUACUGCAGAUUUUGUGCCUUGGUAAAGCGUCGAGGGGAGGGCUGCCCAAACAGGAAAGCCUUGAUUGUCCCUCCCUCCGCAGAGUAUUCCACCCCCUCACACCGCAGGGUGCCGGAUAGCACCGACCCGGGGCUGGUUUUCCUGUGCCGGCACGUCUACGACUUCAGGCACGGCCGCAUUCUGAAGAAUCCGCAAUAGCAUCCUCUUCAGAUGUGAGACAGCGCAAGACUGUUUUUUAGCAUCUUUCCCAGCCGCCGGCCCUGCGUGUAUCAGGAAGCUGGGAGCCUCUUGCAGAAGCCUUCAGGCUCUGGAUUCAGGAACAGACACUGGUUAAAGUACUCAGCAGUUGAAAGCACAGCACUUCGUUAGAGAUGAGCAUAAAUUAAGAGAAAAAAAUAAAAACAAAACACACACACAAAAAAAAAAUAGAAAUUAUAUAACAUAUAAAUAUAUAAAUAUAAAUAUAUCUAUAUAUUGGGGGAAAAAUAAGCCAGUACAUCAGGUCAGGAACCAUGGUUGCAAGCUUGUGUAGGGCUUGUGUAGGGAUGUGUUAGUGCAUGGUUGGACCAAGCUCGGUUCAAAUGCCUUAAUAUGUCACACAGGUCCCAGUCAUCCCCCCCCCCACGCACAAGACACAAUACUCCCUCAUCAGUGUGGGGGCAAAAUCUCCCAUUAUUUAUAAAGAAAUAUUUCAAUUAACGGGGACUUGUUCAACUUUCAAUUAACUUUUAGUAUCAUGUAGAGAAUGAUAUUCUGAGACAAUUGCCAAUGGAUUUUCAUUUUUUCUUACAAUUUGUGGUUUUUGAGU